AUGCAGCUCGCAUCAAUCGUUUGUGCUUUCAUCCUGAUGACACAGGGCAUUAACGCGGCCUGCGGCCCGACAAUCACCUACUGCCAGGGCGCCUGCAUUUGCAAACCCGCUGGCAUUCAGGCAUCCUUAGAUGAUCAAUGCAAGCAGCAGGGUAAAAAGUCAAAUGGGCCUCAUGAGGCAAAGAGUGGUGAUAACACGAUCUGCACCCACCAGUGCUGCUAA